CAUGUAGAUGCUGUCUUUGUGGCCUGGAGCCAGUCGCUCUGCCUCGCCCCAUCGCUCUGCUGUGUUUACCAAAUCCUCUUCACCUUUGACCAGGUCUUCACCCACAGUGAGAUAUUCUCCAACGGGCAGAAGCAAAUCCUUAUCCAAUGGUUUGGUUGGAGAAGAUGACUCCAGCUUUUCAGAAACACAUGACCCCCUUGACUACCACCGAGGUCCUGACCCUUCAUGGCUGCAGUGGUCUUACAGGGAACAGGCCAGGCACAGCAGGUCUCAGUCCAGCACUCACAGAGAAUGGGAAGAGGUCCAAGAGCGUGUUCGGGGACUCCUUACGACACCAAAAGCUGUACGCCGACUUGCCUAUGGGGCCACACACUCCGAGGUAGACAAGAUUUUAGCCAGGAGGUCCAUCUCUCCAGGUCCACCGUGAUGACCUGGCCAGACCCUGGUGAGGUGAACCUCGUUCUGUUUUUUGAACCUGUAUUCACUGUUCUUGUAUUGCUUGUGUUGUUCCGUUGUGUUG